GGUGCUGAGGGGAUUGGGGCUUGCUGCCUGCUAUGCUGCCUCCUUAAAUGGAGUUUACAGCUGAUCCAGCAGAGCUGCACGCAUGCCCGUCUCCUCUGCCUUCAGUGGGGGCAACUGAUUAAUUUCUGCCUCCCAUUUUCAGGCCCGUCAGUUUGCCUGUCUGAAAGCAUUUUUACGACUUUUUGUCCAUGUGGCAAAAUAAUUAGCAUACAGAUGAGAAGGGAUCCUGCCUCUUGAGCCUCCGUUGCAGGAGAAGAUGUGCAGUGCAAAGUUGAUUGGAUGAAUGGAGAACAAAUGGUGGGCGUUCAAAAGCAUUAGGAGAGUUUUGUUGUUGUGGAACGGGUCUGUCGGUUUUUUGGGGUGAAUAUCAUAAGAUGGAAGGCAGGGUGGCUGGUACUGAGACGACGGCUUGACAGACUGUGGCCUACUUGAAGGUGCCGUGUUUGGACUGCAUGCAUAGAUCAUUCCUUUGGACUACUUUGGGUUUGCAGUUCGACAGCUUUCCCUUUGGUGUUCCCUUCAAGAAAAUGAAUCUGGAAGAAAAUUGGUGAAUCCAAUCCAGUGGACCUACAAGCACUCUGACAGGCUCAGAGAGCAGAGUCUGGACCAAAGAGCAAUUACCCCACCAAACGAUUUCAGAUGGAGGUGGAUGCAGACGAGAAGCGCCAUCGCACACGCUCCAAAGGUGUUCGAGUUCCCGUGGAACCAGCCAUACAAGAGCUGUUCAGCUGUCCCACUCCUGGUUGCGAUGGCAGUGGUCAUGUUAGUGGCAAAUAUGCAAGGCACAGAAGUGUUUAUGGAUGUCCUUUGGCGAAAAAAAGAAAAACACAAGAUAAGCAACCCCAAGAACCAGCUCCCAAAAGAAAACCCUUUGUGGUUAAAGCAGACAACUCUUCAGUAGAUGAGUGCUAUGAAACUGAUGGAACAGAGGAGAUGGAUGAAAAGGAAGAGGAAGAAGAGGAAGAGGAUGAAGAAGAGGAGGAAUAUUCUGAUGAUAAUGAGGAGCAAGGUGAUGAGGAGGAGGAUGAUGAAGAGGUAGAUAGAGAAGAAGAAGAGGAAAUUGAAGAAGAGGAGGAGGAGGAUGAAGAGGAAGGUGAAGAUGUAGAGGAUGAAGAGGAGGAAGAAGAGGAGGAGGAGGAAGAAGAGGAGGAGGAGGAAGAACGUGAAGACCAUCAAAUGAAUUGUCACAAUACUCGAAUAAUGCAAGACACAGAAAAAGACGAUAACAAUAAUGAUGAGUAUGAUAAUUACGAUGAACUGGUGGCCAAGUCAUUGUUAAAUCUUGGCAAAAUUGCAGAGGAUGCAGCAUACAGAGCCAGGACAGAAUCAGAAAUGAACAGCAAUACAUCUAAUAGUCUGGAAGAUGAUAGUGACAAAAAUGAAAAUAUUGGUCGGAAAAGUGAGCUGAGUUUAGAUUUAGACAGUGAUGUUGUUAGGGAAACAGUGGACUCCCUUAAAUUGUUAGCACAAGGACAUGGUGUAGUGCUUUCAGAAAACAUUAAUGACAGAAGUUAUGCAGACAAUACUUCACAGCAAGAUAAUAGGAACAUGAACUUUGUAAUGUUAGGGAAGCCAGUGAACAAUGGACUUGCAGAAAAAAUGGUGGAGGAGAGUGAUGAAGAGGUGUGUCUCAGCAGUUUGGAGUGCUUAAGGAACCAAUGUUUUGAUCUGGCUAGGAAACUCAGUGAGACAAACCCACAGGAAAGAAAUCAACAGCAAAACAUGAACACUCGUCAGCAUGUCAGGCAAGAAGAUGACUUCCAAGGAAGAACACCAGACCGGAAUUACUCUGAUAUGAUGAACUUAAUGAGACUUGAAGAACAGUUGAGCCCCAGAUCUAGGACUUUUUCUAGCUGUGCAAAGGAGGAUGGUUGUCAUGAAAGAGACGAUGAUACCACCUCAAUUACUUCAGAUAGGUCUGAAGAAGUGUUUGAUAUGACAAAAGGUAACUUAACCCUGCUUGAGAAAGCAAUUGCUUUGGAAACUGAGAGAGCAAAAGCCAUGAGAGAAAAAAUGGCAGUGGAAGCUGGAAGGAGGGAUAAUAUGAGAUCAUUUGAGGAACAGUCUCCAAGACACCUUUCUGGAGAUGACAGGAAGCCUAAACCCAGUGACGGCCAUGUCAAAAAGCCAUAUUAUGGUAAAGAUCCCUCAAGAACAGAAAAGAAAGAAAGCAAAUGUCCUACCCCUGGGUGUGAUGGAACUGGCCAUGUAACGGGGCUUUACCCCCAUCACCGCAGUUUGUCAGGAUGCCCACACAAAGAUAGGGUCCCUCCAGAAAUUCUUGCCAUGCAUGAAAAUGUUCUUAAGUGUCCUACACCAGGCUGCACAGGCCGGGGCCACGUAAAUAGCAACAGGAAUUCCCACCGAAGCCUCUCUGGAUGUCCUAUUGCUGCAGCAGAGAAACUGGCUAAAGCUCAAGAGAAGCAUCAGAACUGUGAUGUGUCAAAAUCAAACCAGGCAUCAGAUCGGGUUUUAAGGCCCAUGUGCUUUGUUAAGCAAUUGGAGAUCCCUCAGUAUGGCUACAGAAACAAUGUCCCCACCACCACACCCCGCUCCAACUUGGCCAAGGAACUAGAGAAAUACUCUAAGACUACGUUUGAAUAUAACAGUUAUGACAACCAUGCCUAUGGCAAGAGAGCCAUAGCUCCCAAGGUGCAAUCCAGGGAUAUAUCCCCCAAAGGAUAUGAUGCUAAACGCUACUGUAAGAAUUCCAGUCCAACCAGCAGCACAACAAGCAGUUAUGCCCCUAGCAGCAGCAGCAAUAUGAGUUGUGGUGGAGGCAGCAGUGCCAGCAGUACCUGCAGCAAGAGCAGCUUUGACUAUACUCAUGACAUGGAGGCAGCGCACAUGGCUGCUACUGCUAUUCUGAAUCUCUCCACUCGCUGCAGGGAGAUGCCUCAGAACCUCUCCACUAAGCCUCAGGAUCUCUGUGCGAGGAAUCCUGAUAUGGAAGUCGAUGAAAAUGGGACGUUGGAUCUAAGCAUGAACAAGCAGAGGCAGCGAGAUGGUUGCUGUACCAUUUUGACACCACUGGAGCCAAUGUCCCCGCAGCGGCAAGCUGUGAUGAAUAACCGGUGUUACCAGCUGAAUGAGGGGGACUGCUGGGACUUGCCAGUGGACUACACAAAAAUGAAGCCCAGCAGGAUAGAUGAAGAUGAUUCCAAAGAGAUUAAUCCAGAAGAUUUGGAUCCUUUCCAAGAGGCACUUGAAGAAAGACGGUAUCCUGGUGAAGUUACAAUCCCAAGUCCCAAACCCAAAUACCCUCAAUGCAAAGAGAGCAAAAAGGAUUUAAUAACAUGUCCAACACCAGGGUGUGAUGGGAGUGGUCAUGUGACUGGUAAUUACGCCUCACAUAGAAGUUUAUCUGGCUGUCCCUUGGCUGACAAAAGCAUUCGAAGUAUGCUGGCCACAAGCUCACAAGAACUCAAGUGUCCCACUCCUGGAUGUGAUGGCUCUGGGCAUAUUACUGGAAAUUAUGCUUCUCAUCGAAGUCUUUCAGGCUGCCCACGAGCAAAGAAAAGUGGAAUCAGGAUAGCACAAAGCAAGGAAGACAAAGAAGACCAAGAGCCAAUUAGAUGUCCAGUUCCUGGUUGUGAUGGUCAGGGUCAUAUAACUGGAAAAUAUGCAUCCCAUCGCAGUGCGUCAGGGUGUCCUCUAGCUGCCAAAAGGCAAAAGGAUGGGUACCUAAAUGGCUCACAGUUCUCUUGGAAAUCUGUGAAGACGGAAGGAAUGUCAUGUCCAACCCCAGGAUGUGAUGGCUCAGGACAUGUCAGUGGUAGUUUUCUUACUCAUCGUAGUUUAUCAGGAUGCCCCAGAGCUACUUCAGCAAUGAAGAAAGCAAAGCUGUCUGGAGAACAAAUGCUAACAAUAAAGCAGCGGGCUAGUAAUGGCAUAGAAAAUGAUGAAGAAAUUAAACAGUUAGAUGAAGAAAUCAAAGAACUAAAUGAAUCCAACUCCCAGAUGGAAGCUGAUAUGAUUAAACUGAGAACUCAGAUUACCACAAUGGAGAGCAACCUGAAGACGAUAGAAGAGGAGAACAAAGUAAUUGAACAGCAAAAUGAGUCUCUUCUUCAUGAAUUGGCCAAUUUAAGCCAGUCUUUAAUUCAUAGUCUAGCUAAUAUCCAGCUGCCACAUAUGGAACCAAUCAAUGAACAAAAUUUUGAUGCUUACGUGACCACUUUGACGGACAUGUAUACAAAUCAAGAUCGUUAUCAGAGUCCAGAAAAUAAAGCCCUACUGGAAAAUAUAAAGCAGGCUGUGAGAGGAAUUCAGGUCUGAACAGCUGCUAUAGUGGUGAAAGUCUUGCUUAAAAAAAAAAAAAGGAUGCCUCUUGUUUUUUGCUGCUGUAAUUUACCAGAAAGUGUUAUAUAUUUAUUUCUGUUUGAAACAGUGUUAUGCUUACAAGACUUCAUAAUGAUUUUCUGUCUUGCUUUAAAGAUAGUAACUGCAGAAUAGUUUUUUGAAUACAUUCACAUUUUGUACGUUUUCAUAUAAGCUGACAUAGUGUGAUAUGCCAUGUAAUGUUUAUAGCUGCUAAUGUAUGCACAUUUUUGGGGUAUAUAUAUUUCUGAAGAGGUAAGCUGAUCAAAAUAAAUAGAGUGUAAAUUCUUUUUAAUGCUUUAGUGAUUAAAUGUUUUAGUAUUUUGAACUGAAAUGGACAAAAAAAAAUUUAAAAAAAAAAGGAAAAAAAAAAAAACCAAACA